AUGGCGGCGACGAUGAAUUUUGUCGACGAGUCAGCAGGAAACCAAGUGCACACUGUCUUAGACGUCUCCUAUCGUCUGGCACCCGAACACCCGUUCCCCGCCGCACUGAACGACGUGGAAGACGCUGUCAAAUAUGUGCUCAUGCGUCCGGAUGAAUUCGACCUCACCCGAGUAUCCAUAUCUGGAUUUAGUGCUGGGGCCAACCUUGCGCUGGCGACUGCGUCAAGCCUCUUCCCUCCCGAGACCUUCCGCUCCCUGCUAGCAAUCUAUCCUGUGACCGACAUAGUCCCUGAUCCUGGAGCAAAGAUCGCCCCGGCCCGUGCAGAUUUCGUAAUUCCUCUUGCUCUCAUGCGCCUCUUCGACCGCUGCUACGUACCCUCAUCCUUCGACAAGCGGGACCCACGCAUUUCACCGACUUAUGCUCCGGCGGAUCGAUUCCCACGACGUGUUCUUAUGAUCACCGCUGAUGGCGAUACUCUCGCACCCGAGGGCGAGGAAUUGGCUGAGAGGAUCAAGACGUUGCCAGGCCGGCAUGUGGUCAGUGAGCGCAUGCGGGGUUGUAGUCAUGGAUGGGAUAAAGAUAAAAAGACGAGGGCGGGGACUCCGCAAUACCAAGCUAAAGAGCGGGCCUAUCAACUGGCAUGCGACAUGUUGAACGAGUAG